UGAUCUUCCUCUUAAAAUGUGUCUGAAAUGUUCCCUCACACGUCUCCCUCCUCUCUCUCUCUCUUCUCCGUUUAACAGUCUCUCGCCGGCGGUAACUUUUUCCGGCGAUGAAACUUCUCUUUCUCAUUCCUCACCGUGAUUUCUAAACCUCCUUCUCUCUCAUCUUAUCACGUGAUCGUGCUGACCAGUCGAAAAUCAACAGACUUUAUACUGUUUCUUGUCAAUCUUUUAUAAACCUCUUGUAUACUUUUCCGACAGAGACACAAGAUGUUGGAUCUUAACCUCGACGCUGACUCUCCCGAGUCGACUCAGUACGGUGACUCAUACGCAGAUCGGAAAACAUCAGACGGCUCCGGGAACCGGUCAGAGACGUCGACGUCGUCGGUAAUCAAUGCUGACGCAGAUGAAGAUUCUUGCUCGACUCGUGCUUUUACUCUAAACUUCGAUAUUUUAAAAGUCGGAAGCAGCGGCGGUGGCGGAGGAGGAGAUGAAAGCACCGCCGUGACUAAAGAGUUUUUCCCGGUGGCUGGAGACUGUGGGCAUCUACGAGGGUCGAGCUCUAGAGGCUGGAUAGAUCUCUCUUUCGAUGGCUCGAGCCAAGGAGAAGCAAACUUAGUGGCUCCGGCGCCGGCGCCGGCUCCGGUGAAAAAGAGUCGGAGAGGACCGAGGUCAAGGAGCUCGCAGUACAGAGGAGUUACCUUCUACCGAAGAACUGGUAGAUGGGAGUCACAUAUAUGGGAUUGUGGGAAACAAGUCUAUUUAGGUGGCUUUGACACUGCUCAUGCCGCGGCUAGAGCUUAUGAUCGAGCUGCUAUCAAAUUUAGAGGAGUCGAUGCUGAUAUCAACUUCACUCUCGGCGAUUACGAGGAAGAUAUGAAACAGGUUCAAAACUUGAGCAAGGAAGAGUUUGUGCACAUACUCCGUCGACAGAGCACAGGUUUCUCUCGGGGGAGCUCCAAGUAUCGAGGAGUAACGUUGCACAAAUGUGGGAGAUGGGAAGCUAGGAUGGGUCAGUUUCUUGGUAAAAAGUAUGUUUACCUUGGGCUGUUCGACAGCGAAGUAGAAGCUGCAAGGGCUUAUGACAAGGCUGCGAUAAGCUCUAAUGGUAGGGAAGCAGUUACCAACUUCGAGCUUAGUUCAUACCAGAAUGAGACUAACUCUGAGACCAAUAACCAAGGUGGUCAUGACAAGCUUGAUCUCAGCUUGGGAAUGUCUCUUUCCCCCGGGAAUGCGUCAAAGCAAAACGGAAGGCUCUUUCAUUACCCUUCUAAUACUUAUGAAACUCAGCGUGGAGUUAGUUUAACGAUAGGUAAUGAGUUCAUGGGAAAGCCGGUGAAUGCACCUCUUCCUUAUGGUUCCUCGGACCACCGCGCUUACUGGAACGGUUAUAACAAUCCCGUCGAGGGAAGGGCAACAGAGAAGAGAAGUGAAGCUGAAGGAGGAGGGAUGGUGAGUAACUGGGGAUGGCAAGGACCAGGCCAAACCAGCGCCAUGAGACCGCAACCACCAGGCGCACAACCGCAGUUGUUCUCAGUUGCAGCAGCAUCAUCAGGAUUCUCUAAUUUCCGGCAACAACCUCCCAAUGACAAUGCCUCUGCCUCCUCUCUUGGUUACUUUUAUCCACAACCUUAAUUUACGGAGGAGGCUUUAAAACAAUGUGUGUUAUGGUAUUUGGAUUCUUUAUAAAAUGGGAUAUGCUUUUCUUUAUCGUCAAUGUGAAAAAUGUUCUUCCGUGUAUCUUGAGUAAAGGUAAGACUCUUGGAAACUGGAAGGCAAAAGUUUUGUAAAUAACAUAAAAAGUUAAACUAUUGUCGGUAUAUUUACAUA